ACCUCAUGGUUCCUGGUCGGAUUCGUUAACCGCUGCGCCACGACGGGAACUCCAGGAAAUAAAUUUUAUCAUUAGUAUUAUUUCUGGUAGGGAAGUCAAAAUCAAGAAGUCAUGCAGGAAACGAUUGGUAGGUUUAAUGUUAACAACAACAACAACAAAACAAAAGUUUGCUUAAUGGGAAAUAAUAUCUAACACUUCAUUGAAUACUUAAUGCUUGUCAUGUUUUACUUGGUUAAUUGUUAUAGUAAUACUCCAAGGUAGGUUCUGUAACUGUCCACACUUAACAGAUGAGGUAAAUCCAGAUGUGUUGACAUAGCUAAUAUCUGUGCAGUGGUGUUAACAAAUUAAAAAUAUUUCUCAUUUUCUAUCUGUGUAAUAGUGUUGGGAGCCAGAUGGCCUGAAUCUGUGUAGCUGCUCUGCCACUUUCUAACUCAUCAAUAUAGACAAGUUCCUUAAUCUCUAAAAACCACCACCCGUGUCAUGGAAUUUUAUCUGAUUGUGUAGAUCAGAUUUCUUUAUUCUGGGUAUCAUGGUAACAAUACAGAAAAUACACAUUACUUCUCAUUUCUGCAAAUAGUCUUCACUGCUGAAGAAAGAAAUUUUUAAAGCUACAACCAAAUUCAUUUUGGCACCUUUUAUGGAAAUCCUGAUUUUGUUUGUACUUUUUAAUAAUCUUUUACUAAAGGUAUGAACAAGCAGAGAGCUUAUCUCAUUAGACAAGUCCACAUUAAUAAGAAUGCCUAGAAGAGGAUUGAUUCUUCAGACCCGGAGCCACUGGCUACUAUUGGGUCUCGCUUUACUCUGCAGUUUGGUAUUAUUUUUGUACCUUCUAGAAUGUGCCCCUCAGACGGAUGGAAAUGCAUCUCUCCCCGGUAUCGUUGGGGAAAAUUAUGGUAAAGAGUAUUAUCAAGCCCUCCUGCAGGAGCAAGAAGAACAUUAUCAAACCAGAGCAACUAGUCUGAAACGCCAAAUUGCCCAAUUAAAACAAGAAUUACAAGAAAUGAGUGAGAAGAUGAGAUCAUUGCAAGAGAGAAAGAAUGUGGGGGCUAAUGGUAUAGGCUAUCAAGGCAACAAAGAACAAGUACCUAGUGACCUUUUAGAGUUUCUUCAUUCACAAAUUGACAAAGCUGAAGUUAGCAUAGGAGCCAAACUACCUAGCGAGUAUGGGGUCAUUCCCUUUGAAAGUUUUACCUUAAUGAAAGUAUUCCAGUUGGAAAUGGGUCUUACUCGCCAUCCAGAGGAAAAGCCAGUUAGAAAAGAUAAACGAGACGAAUUGGUAGAAGUUAUUGAAGCCGGCCUAGAGGUCAUUAAUAAUCCUGAUGAAGAUGAUGAACAGGAAGAUGAAGAUGGUCCCCUUGGAGAGAAACUGAUAUUUAAUGAAAAUGACUUCAUAGAAGGUUAUUAUCGCACGGAGAGAGAUAAGGGCACACAGUAUGAACUCUUUUUUAAGAAAGCAGACCUUAUGGAAUAUAGACAUGUGACCCUCUUCCGCCCUUUUGGACCUCUCAUGAAAGUGAAGAGUGAGAUGAUUGACAUUACUAGAUCAAUUAUUAACAUCAUUGUGCCUCUCGCUGAAAGGACUGAAGCAUUUGCACAGUUUAUGCAGAACUUCAGGGAUGUGUGUAUUCAUCAGGACAAGAGAAUCCAUCUCACAGUGGUGUAUUUUGGUAAAGAAGGACUAUCUAAAGUCAAGUCUAUCCUGGAAUCUGUCACAAGUGAGUCUAAUUUUCACAAUUACACCUUGGUCUCAUUGAAUGAAGAAUUUAAUCGUGGACGAGGACUAAAUGUGGGUGCCCGAGCUUGGGACAAGGGCGAGGUCUUGAUGUUUUUCUGUGAUGUUGAUAUAUAUUUCUCAGCCGAGUUCCUUAACAGCUGCCGGUUAAAUGCUGAGCCAGGUAAGAAGGUGUUUUACCCUGUGGUGUUCAGUCUUUACAACCCUGCCAUUGUUUAUGCCAAUCAGGAUGUACCCCCACCUGUGGAACAGCAGCUGGUUCACAAAAAGGAUUCUGGCUUUUGGCGAGAUUUUGGCUUUGGAAUGACUUGUCAGUAUCGAUCAGAUUUCCUGACCAUUGGUGGAUUUGACAUGGAAGUAAAAGGUUGGGGUGGAGAAGAUGUUCAUCUUUAUCGAAAAUACUUACAUGGUGACCUGAUUGUGAUUCGGACUCCAGUUCCUGGCCUUUUCCACCUCUGGCAUGAGAAGCGCUGCGCUGAUGAGUUGACCCCUGAGCAGUACCGCAUGUGCAUCCAGUCCAAAGCCAUGAACGAGGCCUCUCACUCGCACCUGGGAAUGCUGGUUUUCAGGGAGGAGAUAGAGACACAUCUUCACAAACAGGCCUAUAGGACAAAUAGCGAAGCUGUUGGUUAAUGUAAUCAUGGACGUGUUAGUCUGAACCGGAAGCCAGCACUAUUUAUUUAGCCUUAAUUCCAGUUCCAGAUGCAGUGCCUCUUUCAGAGAAGACGUGCUUAUCUUGCGUUCUUGCUGACAUUGCUUCAGCAAUUUAACUUGGCGUAAGAAGAAAAAACAAGUGUUGCAAUGCAAAACUUCUAUUUUGUGAGAAUACUGCACUAUGGAAUCAUUGACAAAUCAAAAUCUGGUUUUUGUUCUAAGAGUAGGUUUCCUGUUUGUUUUUUGGUCUUUUUGUCUUUUUAGGGCUGAAUUCACGUUAUAUGGAGGUUCCCGGGUUAGGGGUCUAAUCGGAGCUGUAGCUGCCGGCCUACACCACAGCCACAGCAACACCAGAUCCGAGCCAUGUCUGUGACCUACAGCACAGCUCACGACAUCGCCGGAUCCUUGACCCACUGAGAGAGGCCAGGGAUCGAACCUACAACCUCACAGUUCCUAGUCGGAUUCGUUUCCAUCGUCCACGAUGGGAACUCCUAAGAGUAGUUUUGAGUUAAUUUGUAUCCGGCUCCAUGUUCUGACUGUAUUCUGGUUGCAUCUGCGCUGAGGGAUGGAAUGUAUUGUGCUGAUGGUGGGUCAGAAGCAUCUUCUUCCUGCAGAGAGGACAGAGUGUUAUGGAUGGAGUGUGUUGACAGGGGCUCUUCACCUGCCAACCACUCAGUCAACCCGCUUGGUUUGUAAAUGUAGAUCUUUGGUCUUUUGCUUGAAGAAUCCUUUUUUCACCAAAGCAGAGGGUAGUUAAAUGACACAUCUGAAAUCCCCAACUAAUCAAGAGAAGACAGAGAUAAAAAAAAUUCCUCAACUUUGUUGCUUAGCCCCCUGAAUUUUUUUUUCUUUUUUUCUUUCUUUUUUCUUCUUUUCAGGGCCACAUCCACGGCAUAUGGAAGUUCCCAGUCAAAUCAGAACUGCACCUGCCGGCCUCUGCCAGAGCCACAAUAACACAGGAUCCAAGCUGCGUCUGCGACCCACGCCACAGCUCAUGGCCAAGCCAGAUCCUUAACCCACUGAGUGAGGCCAGGGAUCAAACCCACAUCCUCAUGGAUACUAGUCAGGUUUGUUACCACUGAGCCACAGUGGAAACUCCAGCCCCCUGAAUGUUUUUAAACAAAUGAGUAAUAAUAGAAAAUACUUAGGUUAGCACCUAUAACUUGAUGAAAAAUAUAAUGUGGUACUACUCAUUUAUUAUGUUCAGGGUUAGGAAUCAAAGUUUCUAUAAACUACUUUGAACAAACAGAUAAACAUGGAAACGUUUUAACAGAACAGUUUAUUAUUUUGGAGUACAGGUUACUAAAGGCAUCUGGGAACAUAAGUUUACAUGAGCCAGAGCCCUGUCAGGGCCUUCUUAUUGCUAGUUCAGAAUAGAUGAGUGUAGCAUGUGUGUUUUAUGCUUUGUAUUGUUUCAUUUAGCAUGGAUCCAUAUGUAUGUAUUAUCCUUUUUUCUAACAUAUUAAUUAUGCUACAUCUGUAUUUGCAUUAUUAUAAUACUUUGAGUUGAGGAGGAGUUUCACUGAAGGGAGAAAAACCAAACAAUUGAAUGAGGUGUAAAACCAUAAGAUCACACUGACUUGAGAAAAGGGGAGGAGGGGAGGGUUGUCUAAAUGGAAAUCUGAAUUACAGAAUACUUUAGAGAAACAUAUAACUUGUAGAUAGAAUGAUGUUUUAAAUAAGGUGUAAAUUAUAUUGAGACAAAAUGAGUAAGAAAUUAUAUUCAGAUAGGACUGUACUAUGUUAUUUAAUCACACAUGGAUCUUUUACCAUAGGGUCAAUUGCUAGAUCCACAAAUUGGAGCUAUGGUGAAAGGCAUGCAUAGAUUUUUGAAACUUUGGCUUUAUAAAGGGAUCUAUAUUGAAUUCUCUUUGUAUAUAAACUCCUGAAAAUUCAUGGAAGACAAAUCAUUAUUCUUUUUUGCUCAGUAAAUCAUAUCAUCUGAAAUGUUAUAAAUCCUAAAUUUCUUGGUGCUACAUGAAUUCAAUUUUGUAAUAACUUAAUAUUCUUACAGGUUUAAGUUGGGGUAGCAUUUAGGCUUGUUUUUUUAAGAUCUAUAAGAUGUUCUCUGCAGAAUUGUUCAGGCCAUUGUCUCCUUUUAUACGCAGUUAUUUAUUGUGAAGACCCGUGAAUUAGGGUAUUUAAAGUGAGAGAACUUAAUUAUUUGCAAAAGUGAGUUGUACCUUGUUUUUUGACAGAAUUGAGUGAUUUUUUUUCUUUCCUCCUAUUUUUAAAACAAGCUUUUAAUUUAAAGAUGGAAGCUAAGCAAUGGAAACAUUACUAUGUUUUUGACAUUAAACGGUACCAAUAAAGUAUUUUAUUACCAAAAGUUAAA